AUGAGACCCCAGAUCUUGCUGCAUCCCCAAUUGCGCUCAUCGCUUUCUCGUGGUCUGCGGAGGGACCUGAAUAGCACGCUUUUUGCUCGGCUGAAGACUACCCAACCUCCGUUUCGACUCCCAAAAAAUGAGACUUCAUCUCUAAAACCGAAGGAAAACAAUGCGACAGCUCCCCGGAGCCCACCUCAAUCGUCCGCGGCACACGCAAAGACAGCUAUCCGGCGAGGUCCACCAGAGCGCAUAUUGAUCUACCAUGGCGGAACCGGCAAGACUAUCUUUCUGGGAAUGUUGCGAAUCACAACUAUCUUCCUGUUCGGUGUAUCUAUAUUGGUAGUUGCACCUGCUUUCGCAGCCGAUGAGUUUCCGUGGUAUCUAGCUCCUGCUGUUGUCGUUGGCGGAGCGCUCCCGAUGCUAUUCAUUGCCUAUACAUCUGCCCCGUUCGUUAACUUCGUGCAUCUUGCCCUCCCAGCUUUUGCUCGGCGAUCCAAGGACCAAACCCUCCAAUACGCGAAGAACCUGCCCCCUACUGCCACACUAUACAUUAACACGAUGAAGUUCACGACUAUUCCUCGACAGACCGAGGUGCGGCUGGGCGAUUUAGUUGCUGACAAGGCUUUCCUCCGUCCCGUGAGCUUUCGCAACAAGAACCCUGCCCCUCUGCCCUGGUGGGCAGGGAAGACUCUACGGCAGUUCUACACGGCGGAGAAGAGUCAGCCUGGCAGACAAUCGACGACAUUCUAUCCCGAAGUGUGGGACCAUGUAUACAAGCAUAUACAAAAUAAUCGUGCACCGAAAAAAUGA